AUGCCAAAAUUUAUUAAAGGUCGAAUAUGGUGUAUCAUCUCUGAACGAAACCUUGCUUUUGAAGUAACAAGUGAGGUUCAAAAAAUGUCAUUUGACGGAGCCGGGUUGGGUCGUGCCGAUGCCGAGCGAGACCGUCCCAUAUCGCUAAACUUCGACUUUGUUCUUGUAGCAGUGACCCAAAUGUGCAAGGUACGAGAUGGCUCGGAUUUUGACAGUCCGGGGCAAAUCCAUCUCCUACACUGGUAUAGGAGAAGUGCUUGA